AUGGCUAUUUAUCCUGACGUUAGUGUUAAUCAACCCCAUCGCAUUGCCCUAACGGCCUUUUUGCUGGGUUCCGUGAUGGGGUUGUUUUUGGGCCUAAUCAAAUUUGUUCAUUUGAAAGCCUUUGACUUCUACAUGGCUGCAUUGGCACUGUUCCACUUUCUGGAGUACUAUACUACGGCUAAGUACAAUCCAAGCCAAACUACUGAAGACUCUUUCUUACUGUCUAAUGGUAUCGAAUACCUGUUAUGCCACUCCUUUGCCAUAUUAGAGUGCCUCCUAGAGUACAUGUUUCUUCCGCAUUGGAAGGCAGACAUGAGUUCUCUAUCUCACUUCAUAGUAGUUUCACUGGGUUAUACCUUUAUCAUUGUGGGUCAAAUCGCUAGGACUAUGGCGAUGCGUACUGCUGGUCAAUCCUUUUCACACACAGUAAGAACAAGCAGAGGUGAAGGUCACGUUUUAGUCAAAAAUGGUAUCUACCAAUGGUCAAGACACCCAAGCUAUUUUGGAUUCUUUUGGUGGGCUGUUGGAACCCAAAUGAUUAUGUUGAACCCCUUAUCACUUGUAAUCUUCGCUACGGUCCUUUGGAAAUUCUUCCGUCAAAGGAUUAAAUUCGAAGAAAAUUAUCUACUAAGAUUCUUUGGACGCGAUUACUACGAUUACAAGAAUUCUGUACCUGUUUUAAUCCCCUUCAUUGCUUGA